CCAGUGAACUUUACCCCAUGUUUGUCUGUUGGAAGGUGUCAUAGUCCAUCACAACUGACUGAAAACCAGGACUGUAAGGAACCAACAACCUAGUCUGCUUUCAGGAGAAAGACAUGGAUUUUAUUUCAAAUCUUGGCCCAUCGGCUUUAAUCAAGUCAGUAUCCUCUGUAGGGUCAGAGAUAUCACGGAGAGUGAAAACAGCGUCUGCGCCACCUCAGAGACCCUUUCGUAUUUGUAGCCAUGACCGCAGUGUGCGAAAAGGGGUUACUGCUGGAACACUCCGAGAGCUUGUAGCAAAGGCUAUGGACGCUUUCUUCUUCACAGGAAUUGUGGGUUUAGUUCUGGAGGAAGAUGGCACGAUGUUGGAUACAGAUGAGUUUUUUGAAACAAUUGAAGAAGGUUCGGUGAUCAUGGUUUUGGAACAGGGGCAAAAAUGGAAUCCAAAAAAGGGUGUUUUGUCAUACUCCUUGCAGAACGAGAAACCAAAGAAUAGCCGGGAUAUUGCACGAAUAACAUUUGAUGUCUACAAGCUAAACCCGCGUGAUCUGUUUGGUAGUCUGAAUGUUAAGGCCACCUUCUAUGGGUUGUACUCCAUGAGCUGCGACUUCCAAUGUCUGGGACCCAAGAAAGUGUUCAGAGAGUUUUUAAAAGUCCUAUCAAAAGGUCUUCAAGGAGUGGGGCGCUUGCUGCUUGCUACCUCUGGAUUGAUAAAACGCCUGCUGGAUGGAUCAGACCAUUGGCAGAACAACCGAAUCUGCGAAUAUGAAGGUUGAAGACCCAACAUGUACUUUCCUCUCCAUAAUCCAUGCGUCUCAUUACUUCUAGUGUAAUGGUUGUGCAAAUACGGGAUGAAAAGAAGA